GGUGCGCCGGGCCCUGACGCCAUGCAUACGUCAUCUCCGGUGUUCAUCGAAUAUUUUUCGCGAAUUUCGGUACGCCAUUUUGCCCCAUUCCAAGCACGCGCGUUGCUAAGGGGAGCAGUGAAAGAAGAAGUUCUUUCUCUUGCUUCUGCCGUCGAACGGCUUGAGACUAUCAUAAUGGCUCGCGCUAUGGAGAUGGCCGUUGGCCUCAACAAGGGCCACAAGGUCACAAAGAACGCUGCCAAGUCGCGCCCAGUCCGCAGAAAGGGAACGCUGAACAAGCGCGUCAAAUUCGUCCGUGACAUCGUCAGGGAGGUUGUCGGCUUCGCUCCCUAUGAGAAGAGAGCCAUGGAAUUGCUCAAGGUUGGCAAGGACAAGCGUGCCCUUAAGUUUGUCAAGAAGCGCCUUGGUGCCCACAUCCGUGGAAAGAGAAAGCGUGACGAGCUCUCUGCUCACCUCCAGGCCAUGCGAAAGGCUCAAGCUGCCCACUAACAUGUAUUUCAAUCAAUAAAAGACCAGAAGCGA